UUUUAAUCACACAUCUCUCAUCUCUCUCAUUCUUCAUCAUAUUUUUUCACUAUAUUUUUUUUAUGUCUUCCUCAAGAAGGGGUGUUAAUUGGAGUGCUAAAGAGGAUGUUGUUCUAUGCAACGCCUGGGUCACCAUAUCCGAAGAUGAUGCCAUUGGAAUAAAUCAACCGGGGGAGACUUUUUCGGGCCGAAUUCAUGAGAUAUUUUCAGCACAAAGUCAUGUUCCUCGAACUCGAGAUUCAAUUGAGUUCCGUUUUAAGAUCAUCAAUAAUCAAUGUUCUCUAUGGGAAGGUUGUGUGCGGAAAGCGAACGCAACCCCGAGGAGUGGGUCGAACCUAGACGAUAGUGGAGGAUACAUCCAAAUUAAUAUGUUUGGAUACACCAAGUGGAGAAUAACAUCCAAUGUGGUAUGGAAAAACACACAUGGUGGAAAAGAAAAUCCAAUGUCACAUAAUGUGCUAUGAAAGGACACAAAUAAUGGAAAAGAGAAUCCAAUGUGACUUGAAAAGAUACAAGUUGAGAAGGGAAUCCAAUGUGUUAUGGAUAAACACAAAGUUGAGAAGAGAAUCCAAUGAUCCAAUGUGUUUGAAAUCGCUCAGGAAAAAUCGAAAAAAAAUAAUGAAAUUUAUUUAUUUUUACAUCGAAAUGUGUCUUUUUUAUUUUAUAAUUAAUCAGAGAAAAAAUUAAAAGGAAAAUAUUACUUAUAAUAAUUUAGUUAAUGUUUUACUAAUUGAUAUGUAAAAAAUGUGCAGAGUGUAUUUUAUUGACGGUGCUGGAAUGCAGAGAAUAGGAGUCAAAACACUGUUUUCAUAUCGACGGAGUCCAUUUUUGACAUUUGGACUCUUGCACCACUCCACGGAGUUAUGGACCUACUGUUAUUCUACUGACUGAGUCACCGUGACUAACCUCCUCACCAUCCUGUCGGAUCGGGGUGGAGGGCUCAUGGGGUGGGAGAUUCCACCUUUUUGGAUCAAUAGCGGUAAAACAACAACAAACCAAGAGAACUUAACUACCUUGAAGCUAUGGGGGCACAUCGCCAAAGUCAACGCGCAUCAAAUUGACAAGGUCUUGUCGGCACACGGUGACACCUACUUACAUUUUCCCAAUGGAAUUAGACGAUGUUUGUAGUGAUAGUGAGUUCUUUAUAUAUCAAAUCAAAUUAGAUAAAUCAAUUCAUAUAGGAUUAAAAUAUCUAUUCGGGAAUGUUUUUUAAAUUAUCUUUAAAUAUGAGUAAAAAUAUUGUGAAAAUUCAAAGUACGAGUAUUAUUAUAUAUUUAUAUGUUUUUGAGACAAAUACAUAUAUAUUAGUAAAACUCAUGCCAAUUCCCAAAAUAUGACCCUAGAUGAUCCUUUCCAAUAUAUGGCAAAAUAUGUGUGGAAUGAAAUAAGAAAAAGGAAACACUCGGUGGAAUGGUACAUGCUAUUUGGCAUCAUAUUAGGAAGAAAAAGAUACAAGUCAUAUUUUGAAACACAUUAUGUUUUGGCUAAAUAUGAGUUAUUAUUAUCAUACAUUAAAAGUAUUGGCAAUUGUAG